UAUACAUUUAUAUAAUAUUUGUAAGAUAUAAAUAAUAAUAAUAAAUACAAAUUUAGAAAUUGAAAUAAUAACAAGUGUAUUUAUAUAGCACCUUUAGUUUUGUUUAAGUGUAUAAAUAUAUAGAUGUAAAAAGAUAAUGUACUUGAACCGCCAAAGCAAACCGUCUCCGCCUCUGCUCCGCUGUAAAUGAAACAGAACAUGCAAUUGGCCAAUACUUCACACGCAAGAUAAAAGAAGAGCCAGGAUUGGUUUACUACUCUCCAUUCAUUUGAGGGAGAGGAAGGCGGGAUCAUCGACCGUGUGGGCGGGACCGUACCGAGCCCCAUCAAUGAGCGGCCUCGGCGAUUGGCUGGUAGUAAAGUGACGUCAAUGUUGCCGGGCCGACAGCAAAUGACUUGAAAGCUACGCGGCUGUUCCGGGAAGGAGGCGUGACCUUCACGGCAUUCUUUAGAAGCUGGCGUUUUCCCUCCCCUACCGGGAUUUCAGUAUUACCCCCGUGGAGAAGAAACCCCACCACGGUCUGCUAUUUAUUAUUUAUUUAUUGUAGGUUAUUUUUAAUUUACUCCCCAUCGCCAAACAUGCUCGGCCUGUGCCUUUACGUGCCGGUGUCCAACGCGGACCCGGUGGAGGUGGAUUGUUUCGAGUCCAAGGGGCUUCCGUCGCAGCUAAAGUCUCUCUUCAACAAGCUCAGCGUGUUCCUGCCUUCUCAGGAGUUUUCAGCCUACAAAAGAUGGCGGAAGAAAACCUUGAAAAGAGAAGAAAAUACCUCUGACGGCCAGCUGGACUUUGAAGAGUUUGUUCACUACCUGCAGGAUUACGAGAAGGACCUGAAGCUGGUGGUGAAGAGCCUCACCAGGAGGAACACGGGCCACGUUGACCCUCAAGAGUUCAUGCAGUCUCUUCAGGACCUCGGCGUGCACAUCUCCUCGCAGCACGCGGAGAAAGCCCUCCAGAGCAUGGACAAGAACGGCAUGAUAACCGUCAGCAGCAGCGACUGGAGCAACUUCCCCCUGGAGGAGAAGACGGAGGACAUCCCGGAGAUCAUCCUCUACUGGAAGCACUCCACGAUAUUCGAUGUGGGAGAGAACCUGAUGGUGCCCGACGAAUUCACGGUGGAGGAGAAGCAGACCGGCAUGCUGUGGAAGCACCUGGUGGCGGGCGGAGGAGCCGGAGUCGUGUCGAGGACCUGCACCGCCCCGCUGGACCGCCUCAAGCUCAUGAUGCAGGUGUUUGGCUCUCGCACCAACAAGAUGUGCAUCGUGGGCGGCUUGAUGCAGAUGAUCAAGGAGGGAGGCGUGAGGUCGCUGUGGCGAGGAAAUGGCGUGAACGUCAUCAAGAUCGCCCCCGAGUCCGCCCUCAAGUUCAUGGCCUACGAGCAGAUCAAGCAGCUGAUCGGCAGUGAGAAGGGAACUCUGAGCAUCGGGGAGCGAUUUGUUGCCGGAUCUCUGGCCGGCGUGAUCGCCCAGAGCACCAUCUACCCCAUGGAGGUCCUGAAGACCCGGCUCGCCCUGAGGUCCACCGGUCAGUUCUCUGGCAUCUCCGACUGUGCCAAGCAGAUCUUCAGGAGAGAAGGCCUGGUGGCGUUCUACCGAGGCUACGUCCCCAACAUGCUGGGCAUCAUCCCGUACGCCGGCAUCGACCUGGCGGUCUACGAGACCCUGAAGAACCACUACCUGGACCAGUACAGCACCAACGGCUCCGCCAACCCCGGCGUGGUGGUGCUGCUGGCCUGCGGCACCGUGUCCAGCACCUGCGGGCAGCUGGCCAGCUACCCACUGGCUCUGGUGCGUACGCGAAUGCAGGCGCAAGCUGCGAUCGCCGGCUCCCAGAAGGUGUCGAUGUCCGGCCUCUUCGGGCAGAUCCUGCGGGCCGAGGGCCCGAGGGGCCUCUACAGGGGCCUCGCCCCCAACUUCCUCAAGGUCGUGCCUGCCGUCAGCAUCAGCUACGUGGUGUACGAGCGCCUGAAGACACAGCUCGGGGUAAAGUCGCGCUGAAACUCGACCCGUUGAAGCUUCAACGUGACGAGUGACUCCUCCCCCAUCUCCCAGGGCUCAAGCUAAGGAAUCCCAGGGGGCCGCGCGAGGGGAUCGUGGGGCCAUAUCAUUCUGUGAAUGUCAGCUGACGAAACACGAUACCGACGGUGGAGGGGGUGACCCCCGUGACCUCUGUGAGCUCAUGUUAGGCGUGUGA